AUGCAGGCAGCAUUCCGCCUGGUGCGAAUGAUAGAGGAGAGUCACAUCGUCCCGGAUGCUGCCCUGCAGACUAUCCUCUUCAGGGUGCAUCUGCAGGCCGGCAACGAGGCAGAGGCACUCAAGCUCGCAAACCUCUUCUAUGGCCCGCAAGCCCGCCCCUACAUCGACCAGUUCGUGGAGCUGUUUUUCAACCAUGGAUUCUACUUGAUGCGCAAGCAGGGCAGCCUCUUGCUGCAAGAGGCGCUCACCAGCGAUGUGAGUGUUGCAUGCAGCGAUGUGAGUGUUGCAUGCAGCGACGUGAGUGUUGCAUGCAGCGAUGUGAGUGUUGCAUGCAGCGAUGUGAGUGUUGCAUGCAGCGAUGUGAGUGUUGCAUGCAGCGACGUGAGUGUUGCAUGCAGCGAUGUGAGUGUUGCAUGCAGCGAUGUGAGUGUUGCAUGCAGCGAUGUGAGUGUUGCAUGCAGCGACGUGAGUGUUGCAUGCAGCGAUGUGAGUGUUGCAUGCAGCGAUGUGAGUGUUGCAUGCAGCGAUGUGAGUGUUGCAUGCAGCGACGUGAGUGUUGCAUGCAGCGAUGUGAGUGUUGCAUGCAGCGAUGUGAGUGUUGCAUGCAGCGAUGUGAGUGUUGCAUGCAGCGAUGUGAGUGUUGCAUGCAGCGACGUGAGUGUUGCAUGCAGCGAUGUGAGUGUUGCAUGCAGCGAUGUGAGUGUUGCAUGCAGCGACGUGAGUGUUGCAUGCAGCGAUGUGAGUACAGUCAUAUGCGUGCGGAGCUAUGGGUGCCCAUAUGGGUGUGGAGCAAUGUGCAAGCGGGGCGGCCUGUUGCUGCAGGAGGCGCUCAUCAGCGAUAGGCGCAGCAUGGCGGCGGCGGAGAGGCUGUUCGACCACGUGGUGGCGAAGCACCAAGCGCCCGAGUUUGACGCCGUGCUUGACUUCAUGCGCGCCCUAAGGCGUCGACAAACUCCCAAGACCGAUCAGCGGUGGUUGCUGGUCCAAGAUCUCAUCAAGCGGCGGCGGAACAUCCGAGGGAUGUGGAUGAAGGGAAUGCAGGCUGAAGGCCGUGAGCAUGAGUCACGGCUAUCGGUGGAAGAGGAUGAGGUGUGA